AAAAACGUCAGGACAACCUUGGCCAGAAACCAUUACGCUGAGAACACCAAGUAUAAAAUCAAAUGCUGGCGCAGAGUCGUGAUGAAAGCUGAUGGAGAUGCUCAAAUGGGGGAGCUGGUUGGAGGUCUCCAUGUGGGCCGUAGCAUCGCCAUCAGGGGGCGAGUCAAGCCAUAUCCAAAGAGUUUUAACGUCGACCUCUUGAUGGGCAGUAGCAGCAGCAGCGACGUGGCACUGAGCCUGAACCCUCGCAUGAAUGCCACCUCAAAUGAGGUGGUGUUUGGACGCAACUCCUUUCUGUCUGGUUCCUGGGGUGUGGAGGAGCGCAAGCUGGACAAGUUCCCCUUUGCACCUGGCUUCUACUUUGAGAUGAAAAUCCACUGUGGCGCCAAUGCGUUCACCGUGUCCGUCGACUGCGUCCGUCUCCUGGAGUACGAAUACCGUGUCGACCUGGACCGGAUCACCCAUGUGAGAGUGUUCGGCGACUUGAAUCUGAUGUUCGUCAAGCUGAAGUGACUUCAUCAUGGCAACGUUUGAAGCGCUGCUUUCUGUUCAUGCUUAUAUCUCAUACUAUCCAUAUAAAGGGUUAUUAGAACCCACUCUUGACUUUAAUGAUGUAAAAUGGCAAGAGAAAUUCAAAUGAACAACUUGGAACUAUGAAGCUCCAGAAGUUGAGGGUUCACGGUGAUCCUUUGAACUUUUUCUUGCUCAAAUUUUAUUGACAGUUUAUCCAUUGUAAAAAAAAAAAAUUAGCAAAAGUAUGUUGUCUAUUACACUUGUGAAUUCAUUUAUGCCAAUAAAGAGUGUGACAAAAGUA